AUGACAACAUCAAACCCCACCUUGGCCAUCCCAGGCCAGCUCUUGGGUUCAACAUCCAGAUACCAGCCCGGGCCAGGGACUCACAUUCACAAUCACAACGUUCAUGCUUCGCUCAUGGGCACAGUACACAUCGCUCAACCUGCUAAAGCUCCAGGACCAGUGAAGCGGCUCACAAAAAUCACACCAGCCCCGGCCCCUGCGGAGCUCCCCACAAUCUCGGUGACGGUCCCCACGCGGUCCGCGGGCUCCGACCACGCCGGCCAAAAGAAGCGCGAGGUGCUGCCCGAGGUAGGGAAUGUGGUGCUCUGCAGAGUGAUUCGCAUCACACCGAGGCAGGCUGUUGUUUCGAUACUGGUGUGCGGCGACACGGUGCUGGAUGCUGAAUGGCAGGGCUUGAUCCGUGUGCAGGAUGUCAGGGCUACAGAGAAGGACAGGGUCAAGAUCUAUGAGAGCUUCAGACCGGGGGAUAUCGUCAGGGCUGAAGUGAUCUCACUGGGUGACCAGGCUAACUAUUAUCUUUCCACUGCUCGUAAUGAGCUGGGUGUUAUUUUAGCCACGAGUGAAGCCGGCAAUGCGAUGCAUCCUGUCAGUUGGAAGGAGUACCGGGACCCGGAGACCGGCUUGACCGAGUUGAGAAAGGUUGCGAAGCCAUAUUGA